UUGUGUGUGUAUUUCGGAGAGAGAGAAAGAUGGGUUCCAUAACGGGAGCUACAGCUACUAGACCUCAUGUUGUUUGUGUCCCAGUCCCACUACAAGGUCACAUUACUCCAAUGCUCAAGCUUGCAAAACUCCUCCACCAUAAAGGCUUUCACGUCACUUUUGUACACACAGAGUACAACCGCAAACGCUUGCUUAGGUCCAAAGGCCCCAACGCCCUUGAUGGAUUGCCAAACUUUCACUUCGAAACCAUUCCUGAUGGCCUCCCACCAUCAGACGCAGAUGUCAGCCAAGACGCUGCCUUGCUUUGCGACUCCACCUCAAAGAAUUGCCUAGUCCCAUUUUGUAACCUCCUUUCCAAACUCAACGACACUUCGUCUUCGAACGUGCCACCUGUGACUUGUAUUAUCUCUGAUGGUUGUAUGUCUUUCACUCUUGAUGCUGCUGACAAGUUUGGAAUUCCAGACGUCCAAUUCUGGACACCUAGUUCGUGCGGCUUCUUGAGCUAUAUGCAUUUUCGCCAUCUAGUUGAACGAGGUUUAAUACCACUCAAAGAUGCAAGCUAUCUAACAAAUGGAUACUUGGAAACAAAAAUAGAUUGGAUACCAGGAAUGAAGACCAUUCGUCUUAAGGAUCUUCCGAAUUUCAUAAGAACUACAGAUGAGAACGACAUCGUACUCAAGUUCGUCCUCCAUGAGACCGAGAGGACUUCUAGAGCUUCAGCAAUCAUUUUGAACACAUUCGACUCCUUUGAACAGGACGCGUUGGAUGCUUUAUCCUCCAUGCUUCCCUGUAUAUACACCAUUGGACCACUUUUAUUGCUUGCUGAUCAGAUUGAGGAUGACAAUUUGAAAUCAAUAAAUUCCAAUCUAUGGAAAGAAGAACUAGGGUGUGUGGAAUGGCUAAAUUCAAAAGAACCCAACUCUGUAGUUUAUGUAAAUUUUGGAAGUAUAACUGUUAUAACACCUCAACAGCUCAUAGAAUUUGCUUGGGGUUUAACAAACAGUGAAAAACCCUUCUUAUGGGUUAUAAGGCCUGAUCUUGUGGUAGGUGAUAUAGCUAUUGUUCCACCUGAAUUUGUUACUAGAACUAAAAAUAGAGGCAGGUUAGCAAGUUGGUGUCCUCAAGAACAAAUCCUAAGGCACCCAUCAAUUGGGGGUUUUUUGACGCAUAAUGGGUGGAAUUCAACACUUGAAAGUGUGUGUAGUGGAGUGCCAAUGCUCUCUUGGCCCUUCUUUGCAGAGCAACAAAUCAACUGUAUAUACUGUUGUACUGUAUGGGGCAUCGGGAUGGAGAUAGAUAAUAAUGUUCAAAGAGAUGAAGUGGAGAACCUUCUUAGAGAGCUAAUGGAUGGCAAAAAAGGUAGUGAAAUGAAGAAAAAAGUACUAGAGUGGAAGACAAAGGCAGAGGUAGCUACCAGACCUGGUGGAACUUCUUAUCAGAACUUGGACAAAUUGAUUGCGGAAGUUCUCCUAACUAGAAAUGUUUGAACC